AAAAUUACUUUGUUGUUUGUCCAUCUCCUCUUUCUCUUUCACUUUCCUUCUCUCUCUCCGUCCAAAACUGACAAGACCCAGCGCUUUUCUGGGUCUAUGCCUUCUUAACUUAGUGGUUCCGAUUCUUCCUCCACUUCCAACUUGUCCGUUUCUCAUUCUCCUCAAAUCUCAUCUCACUCCUAAUUCCUUCACAUUCCUCCAUUCUCUUUUCCAUUUUCUACUUCCAGUCAAUUCAACCCCUCCCUGAUCCAAAGCCCACAACUUCUUUUCUGGGUUUGCCAGAUACACAUGCCAAUCAAAACACCACUUUUCAGACACCCCUUUUGUUGAUUUUGGAAUACCAAAUUUAAUAUUAAAAAAAGGGGUUCUGGACUUGUGCUCUGGUCUUUGUGGGGAUUAAGCAGAUCUGCAUGUUACCCAUUAUUUCACAAUAACCAAAAGAGGAAGGAAAAAAGGUGUCUGCUUUUUUGUUUUUUUGUUGUUGGUGUUUUUGGGUUUUCCAUAUAAGAAAAUAAAAGCUGUAUCUUUCUUUCUUAUCUUAUCCCUUACCUUAAUUGAUGACUGAAGCUGGUUUCACUGCCAUUUAAGCCAUCUCAAUUUGAAACUGUGCGAGUGUGAUUGUUGUGGGGGUGGUGAAAAGUUUGCUAAAGGAACUCAAUUUUGAAGGUGAAGAACGUGGUGUUGUGGGGAUUGUGAAAGAUUUGAUUUUGUUGGUUGUUUCCCACGGUUGUUGUGACGGAUCCAUCAAGGGAAGAAAGUGGGUGUUGGAGUGGCGUGGAGUGCAUUCUGGGCAUUCUAAGGGCCCUUAAGAUGGGGUCCUGCUUCUCCGUGGAAAGCAGGAGCCCUGGCCCUACUUCGCCCUCUUCAUCUUUCAGGAAGCGCAGGAGCAGCUCCAAGAAGAGGCUCGGGUCAAGGGCCUCUUCCUUUGAGUAUUGGAGGAAUGACCCUCUGCAUAGGAUCCCUGGGAGGAUCUUCCUCAAUGGCUCCUCCCAAGUUGCAUCCUUGUUCACCCAGCAAGGCAAGAAGGGAACCAACCAGGAUGCCAUGGUUGUUUGGGAGAACUUUUGUUCUAGACAAAAUACAAUUUUCUGUGGAGUUUUUGAUGGCCACGGUCCGUAUGGUCACAUGGUUGCGAAAAGAGUGAGGGAUUCUCUUCCUCUAAAACUGAAUGCCCAUUGGGAACCUAAUGUAUCUGGUGAAGAAGUCCUCAAGGAGAUUAGCUUUAAUACUGCAGGAAGCAUGAAUUCAGAAGAGGCUGCCUUUGCUUCUGCUGAUGACGAAUCCAGGGUAUCUGUUGAUGUUGACGAAACAGAAAAACACCCAGAAAUCUUUCAGACACUUAAAGACUCCUUUUUGAAGGCAUUCAAAGUAAUGGAUAGAGAACUGAAGACCCACCAAAGUAUUGAUUGCUUUUGUAGUGGGACUACAGCAGUAACUCUGAUUAAGCAGGGCCGGGAUCUUAUCAUUGGAAAUGUUGGUGACUCUAGGGCUGUUCUGGGUACAAGAGAGAAAGAUGAUUCUCUUGUUGCUGUCCAGUUAACUGUGGAUCUAAAACCCAAUCUUCCAGCUGAAGCAGAGAGAAUCCGCAAAUGUAAAGGACGUGUCUUUGCUCUUCAGGACGAACCUGAAGUUGCUCGAGUCUGGUUACCAAACAAUGACUCACCAGGCCUUGCCAUGGCAAGGGCAUUUGGAGAUUUUUGUCUUAAAGAUUUUGGCCUGAUAUCCGUUCCUGAGGUGUCGUAUAGACGACUCACUGAGAAGGAUGAAUUUAUUGUCUUGGCAACAGACGGGAUUUGGGACGUGCUCUCGAACAAAGAAGUGGUGGACAUUGUGGCAGCCGCUCCAAGGCGUGCCUCAGCAGCACGAGCACUGGUUGAGUCAGCCGUCCGUGCUUGGAGGUACAAGUAUCCGACCUCCAAAGUGGAUGACUGCGCUGUGGUUUGCCUCUUCCUGGACUCGGAUGCGCCCAAAGUGGUCACUGCUUCCCAUGCCAAGUCCAAGGAGCAACCUAGUUCAAUCAUCCAAGUCCACAACGGCGAUGGGGCCGACGUCUCUGGACCGACCGGUCUGGUAAGGUCAGGAACAUGCAGGGAGAAUCAUGAAGAAAGUAACAACAAUGAGGGCGAGCCAAAUAAGGAAGAGGAAAUAGAUGUUGAAUCAGAAAUAGAGUGGUCUGCUCUUGAAGGGGUGUCGCGUGUGAACACACUACUAACUCUCCCAAGGUUUGAACUUGACAAAGAAGACAAGACUGCUGAAGGGAUGAGAAAACGCAAAUGAUCAAAUAAUGGUUCAAGUUCAAGUUCAAGUUCAGGCAGGGAAUGUUGAGUUGAGAAUUUCUGGUCUUUUUAUAUUUGUUUAUUUUGUUUUGGUUUUGGUUUCCAUCAUUAUUAUAUAGAUACAUUACAUACCCUUUUUCUUUUUUGUUCUUUUGAACAAUUUAUAUAUUCAUGUUCCCACCCAAUCCCAAUUUAUAUAUCCAUAUGUUUGGACUUAAGAGAGGAUUGGCCCGGCUGUUUUAGUGUGUCUGGAAAUCUGUCCUUCCUCUCGUGUGAUUAAUGUUUUUUUGUAAAAUCAAACUCUUCAUAAUUUCAUAUUCAUACAUACCUUAAUAAUUUAUUUAUUUUUGAUAAA